AUGGCCGGCUCACAAGACGGUCAACGUGAGCGCAGGCGCACACUUUCUCAAUCCCCAGAUCGAAGCCCCGGCCGACGACGAGACGAUCGGAACAAAGAGCCAAGGAGCUCGCGCCGACAAGAUGAUGACCGUGAAAGCUCUCGCAAAGAAAGCCCGCGGCGAAGGUCAUCUCGCAGCAGAUCAGGGGAUAGAAGGACCCGCGAUGACCGUGGCCGACGACAACGAGAACGCAGAGAACGAUCCACAAGCUCCGCAGACGAGCGCCGCCGAAAACGCAGCCACCGAAGCCACCGACACCGUGACGACCGUGAUCGAGACGGAGAAAGAUCUUCCAGAAGACAUCGCAGCCCCCGUCUCCGAUCGCGCUCCCCACGACCAUCACGCAGCCCACAACGCGCAUUACAACGAAGCGGCCCUCUACCAUCACAAUCCGAUGCAUUCACAGGCGAACUAGUACAAUCCGGCGACGCCCCUCCACCAGAGAAGCAAAAGCCAAAUUACAAGAAUAGCGGUCGCCUCGCAGCCGAAACCAAUACAGUACAAGUCGAAGGUGGCGAAGGAAUUGUGUUGAAGUACCACGAACCCCCAGAGGCUCGCAAGCCACCAGCCAAGGAACCCUGGCGACUUUACGUGUUUAAGGGAGACGAUUUGUUGGAAAUGGUUGAGCUGAGCGAGCGGAGUUGCUGGUUGAUCGGUCGUGAAAGGGCUGUGGUCGACUUUCCUCUGGAUCACCCCAGUUGCUCAAAGCAGCACGCUGCGCUCCAGUUUCGAUAUGUGGAGAAACGAAAUGAAUAUGGCGAUCGCAUCGGAAAGGUCAAGCCGUAUCUGCUUGACCUCGAGAGUUCUAAUGGGUCUACUGUGAAUAAGGAACCCAUUCCUGCCGGCCGUUAUGUUGAAGUGAUGGACAAAGACGUGCUGGGAUUCGGUACCAGCACCCGCGAAUAUGUGCUCAUGUUACCGAAAUGA